AGGGCGAAUACUACGAUGUACGAAACAAAUAUGGGAAGCCGUGAACGGAGUGACAAAGUGUUGACAAGGCGAGAUGAAGCACGUUCUCAUCGCCGAGGAAUCCUGCACAAUGCCCAACACUACGACCCAAUCUCUCAGCUCGCUUUGUCAUCAAAACAUGCACACUAUGCGGAAAAAGAAAUAGAGUCGAGACGACUUGUUCAAGUGCACAAUAUGGAUCCCAUGGAGGUGGAAGAAACAUCGGAAGAUGUCAAUAACUCCUCGGUCACCAGUGCCAUAAGUGAGAGUCUCAAAGAGUUCUUCAACAUUACCGAUCCCUCGGAAUUCUCGGGUCCCGAUCCGAUUUUCGUAGAUGAUGGCGAGAUCUCUCAAUCCAGGAGCUUUCAAAGUCACAGUCUGCCCACAGAGGCUCCACAAAUGCCCAAGAAUGGACCAGGCUCUCGACGGAAGUCUCGAACUGAGAAAUGGAAUGAAAGGAGGCUUCGAUUGGCCUUGCGACGUCGUGGAGGCCUCAAAGAUUCGGUUUUGUCAGAGGUCACUCAAGAGUAUGAGGAAGAUGAAAUUGAUGGACGGAUUCUUUUCGAGCAAGCCUUUCCUUUCGUGGGGCAAAAGCAUUCGGUGCUUGGAUACGCUAAGGAAAUGUGCCAAUGUUUUCAUCAAUAUGUCACUUCACGCCGCCCUCCCAGCCACGUUGCAGGUGAUUCGGGCGUCAAAGGCUUCUCGCCAUCGCGAAGUUUUCCCCCUUCGGUUUCCACCGAGGUCAUUGUUUCGCCGGAUAUUGACACGGACGAUGUGGUCGAUCUUCCUUCGCCUGAAAUGGUCGGAGAAUCGAGGCGCUCGCCCGGAACGGGCAUCGAGUCUAGAUAUUUAGGUCGUUUGUCAGAUAAUUCAGAUCGCCGUCAAUAUGGUGUAGGGGCCUUGGGGCGUUUGUUUCAACGCCAAGUUGAUGGUUCCAUUGUGAAGCAACCCCACGUCAAGCAACAACUAGAUGAUCUGACAGACUUCCGACCCUACUUCACAUAUUGGAUCUCAUUCGUUCACAUCGUCGUCAUGGUUAUCACCAUUUUGUGGUAUGGCAUUGGCCCUUUUGGAGCCGGUCUAACACGCUCCACCGGACUGGUCAUGACAGAGUUCCUGACUUUAGAGCAAGUGGAUGUUCGGGCUCCUGGAAAUUUCUGGUUGGGGCCUCCAGCCCGAGACCUAAUUCACUUGGGAGCAAAGUACACACCUUGCAUGAGACCUUACCCGGCGAUUUCUCAACUUGUCCAAGAUGAACGGACCAAAGAAGCAUCAGAGACGGGCUGUUGCAUCAAAAACGACCGUUCUGGAUGUGUUCAAACCGUCAAAGAUAAUUGCUCGCCAUUUCUUUCUACCUUCGUGAAAUGGAACUCGAGUGAACCUGGCGUUGGUGGUCGGAUUUCUGGGCCUGUUUGUGGUCAAGAUCCGCGAUUUUGUUUAACUCCCAUUUCCAGCGGAGUGAACUCUUGGCCCGAUGACAUAGGGCAAUGGCCUGUCUGUCAUCAGAAUAUCAUGAGCGAAAAGAACUACUCGAUUGGAGCGCCUUCCCAUAUGUCAUGCGAAGUGUUGGCUAAGCCGUGUUGCAUUGGCAUUCACGGCCGUUGUGAAUUGAGAUCGGAGGAGUUUUGUCGUUGGGUGGGAGGGACUUUGCACAGAGAAGCUAAUUUAUGCUCGCAAGUGUCCUGUAUCGGUGACGUGUGCGGUAUGUUGCCUUUUGCCCAGAAAGACGUGCCCGAUCAAUUCUAUCGACUUUGGACCUCGCUUUUCUUAAACGCCGGCUUAUUUCAAUUGAUGAUUGUGGUAGUCCUGCAGCUAUAUCUUAUGCGGGAUCUUGAGAAAAUGUGUGGCCCACUUCGACUCUCUAUUAUCUAUUUUGGUUCUGGAAUCAUUGGAAAUCUUGCAUCAGCCAUUUUCAUCCCUUAUCGUGCAGAAUGUGGACCUUCCGGAGCCUUGUUUGGUAUCUUGGCUACUUUCAUAAUAGAAGUAGUCAAAGCUUGGCGUAUUCUUCGUCGACCUUCGCUAUCAUUACUAGAACUGUCAGGGGUCAUGAUCUUCUUGAUCUUCUUUGGCAUGGUACCCUGGGUAGAUAAUUAUGCUCAUGUUUUCGGUUUUUUCACUGGCCUCUUGCUUUCAUACGCUCUUUUGCCGCACAUCAACUUUGACAAAACUCCGGUAUCGAUGUCCUGGCAAGUGUUUCGAGUGUCCUUUCCAUUGUUGAUGGUCGUGGCCCUUUUCUUGAUGCUAACUAUCCUCUUUUACUCUUUGUCCUUGGGCGAUUGUGAGGUCUGUAAAUUACUCAGUUGCAUCCCGAUAGUUGCGGACUUUUGUGCGGAACAAAAUAUUGAUUAUACCGUAGGACCAAGAAGUCUGUUCUGAUGAAUGAAAUAACGUGAUUGAACUUUUAAAUGACAUAUUUAUUCUACUAUUUUACACCUGAUAGCCUUAAAACUCACGUGUGAUUCAUUCUACGAAAUAAAGUUGUCAGAAAAUCCAUUA